AUGCAGUUUGAGGACGUGCUGAGUUUCCGCUUCAGUAACAAUUGUGGAACCGUUGGUGAGCCAUGUUACGGCAAGUCCAACAAGAGGAUUGUCGAUCGAGGGUGGAUCUACGAGCUUGACAUUGACGCAAGUACGCACAUUCAACCUCCACCGCCUCCUCUUGUGGAACUGGAGGCCCCACACGGACACGGACAGUGGAAGUAUGCGUGCACUGAUUUUGCUAUCAGAGGCGAAGCCCGUAUGGGUCAACAGCAAAGUGUGCAAUUGCCAGGUGGGAUGGUGAAUUGUGCCAGCACGUAUAUGCUGAGUGACAGCGUCACUUGCCUCACGCUAAUAAGGUUGGCACCCGAGGUGAAGCGACGGAUCAUGCUUUAA